AUGAACCAAAUCGAAAGCGAGAAGGUCCUCCACCUGCGGCCGCAUGCUCUGCACACCAAACUUUCAGGUCCUAUUCCUAUGAUUUCAAGAAUCUGCAUGUCACUCUCACAGUCGCAAAAGAAGGUGGUGGUGAAUGAGAUCCUCAUUCCCACGCCUGCGGAAGGGCAGUUCUUGAUCAAGAUGGCGUCAGCCAGCUUAUGCCAUUCAGACCUCAUGUCCAUCGCUAUCCGCGACCGCAAAGACCCCGUCACUCUGGGGCACGAGGGGGCCGGAUACAUUCACGCUAUGCACCCGUCGACUCAGGACAAAGGGUUCAAGAUCGGCGACGCAGUGGGUUUCCUCUACGUCCAGGACGGAUGUUUCGAGUGCGCGGGGUGCCUGGUCCACAACUGCCACUGUCUCGUCAGCCAGUCGCACACAAACGGCUUCGAGAUUCCCGGCUUCUUCGCCGAGUACGCGCUGGUGGACUGGGAGAACUGCAUCGUGUUGCCCGAGAGCAUGGACGUGAGGGAGGCAUCGCCCAUGUUCUGUGCUGGGCUGGCAGCCUUUCACUGCGUCGACUCCUGCGAGCUGGAGCCCAACGACUGGGUUGUUAUCGUAGGUUGCGGGGGCUUAGGCCAGUUCGCCAUCCAGUUCUCCAAGGCGAUGGGCGCCCGCGUCAUCGGCGUCGACAUCAACGACGAGACACUGGCCAAUGCUAAGGCUCAGGGGGCCGACCUCAUAUUCAACUCUCGCACCGAUUCCCAUACCCGCGAUGAGAUCUUACGUGUCACCAACGGCGGCGGCAAGGCCGUCAUUGUUUUCAGUGCGGCAGAGGCCGCCUACGAGAGCGCGAUCCCUCUGAUCCGCGUCGGCGGGAUCCUAAUGGUAGCCGGACUACCCGCAAAUGGGAUCCGGUUGGACGCGUUGGCCAUUGCGACCAAGCGGUUCAUCGUAAAGGGGGACUCUACGUCCACUCCGCAACGGAUGAAGAAGGGUAUCGAGUUUGCGGCGAAGCACGGUGUCAAGCCCGUGAUUCAGACAUUUGACAGCUUGGAUGCCGUACCAAAGAUGGUAGAUCUAAUGCAGCAGGGGAAGAGCACGGCGAGAAUGGUGGUUCAAUUUGCAUAA